AUGGCUUCUGCUGCACAAGGUGAUAAUGGGCAGGGGCUUGUGGUUGUAGUGCAGACAAUCCCAUUUGCCUGGAAUCUCAUUACAGCUGGUUAUGUUGAACAAUCUGUAUAUGGGGUAGUGGUCAACACACUCGGUCUCCUGUUUAUUGGGAAGCUGCUUGAGCCAAUAUGGGGUUCCAGGGAGUUCUUUAAAUUCAUCUUUGUGGUUAAUCUUCUAACUUCAGUAUGUGUAUUCAUCACUGCUAUUGCCUUGUACUACAUUACGAGGCUGGAGACUUACCUUUACUUUCCAAUUUCCGGAUUUCAUGGAGUUAUAUCUGGUUUCUUGGUUGGCAUCAAGCAAAUUAUACCAGAUCAAGAGCUCCCUUUUAUCAAGAUAAAAACAAAGUGGUUGCCAUCUAUCACUUUAUUGCUUUCCAUUGCUAUUAGCUUCUGGACACUAGAGGCUACGGCAUAUCUUCCAACCAUUAUAUCUGGCACAUAUAUAAGCUGGAUUUACCUUAGAUACUGGCAGAGGAAACCAGAAACAAAACAUAGGGGUGACCCAAGUGAGGAUUUUGCAUUCUCCACAUUUUUCCCAGAAUUUUUAAGACCGGUCAUAGACCCUAUUGCAUCAAUAUUUCACAGAAUGCUGUGUGGAAGAUCUGAUACUUCUAAUGACGGUCAAGGCUACACUGUGGAAAGUGAGCCUUUGCCAGGUUCAGACUCAAUUGAGGCAUCUAGGAGACGAGAAAGAGGUGCUCGAGCGCUGGAAGAACGAUUGGCUGCAGAGAGGUUGGCUGCUGCGCGACGUGAGUUGCAAAGAGAAGCUGAGGAAAAUGUAUAAUUCCCCAGCUUUUGUAAAUUCGGAUCAGUUCAGCCAAUAUGAAACUAUUAGGAGUGAUAUUUUCAAAGGUCGUACAGUAAUUAGAAAUUUUGGUUUAGAUGAAGGAAUAUUUUAAUGUGCA